UUUCGGUUGCAUGCAACGUUAUGCUGCAAGGUGUGCCAUUCCUUUAGCGAUGUGUGGAAUGCACAAUGUAAGUGUCAUAACGUCAGAUCAGCUGAUACAACCGGUUUUACAGGACAGCAUGUGUCAGAUGCUGGAGUUUACAAUAACUUAAGCUCCCGCUGUCAUCACAGCAACCAAUGAAUCUAAUUGCUGUGCGCCGCACACACCGCGGUCUGAAUGCAGUGACUGCUGACCGAAUAGCCUACUGAUACCGACAAGCGUGUGUAGACUUACGGUGUUGGCUUGCUCUAGAUAGUAGCCUAAGCAAAGGAUGAUGAUAAAAUAAUGUUUCCACUUCAUCAAGACAUGAAGAUUGAAGAGGAGGAGAUGUCCGUGUGAGACCACCGUUGUGUUUACAGGAGCAACAGUUGUCUGGACGCAGUGUCCACGAUUGAAGCAGUGUCCACGCACCUCCCUGUAUAAAGAGUUGAAGCAGAGAGGAGGAAGAGGAGGAGGAGAAGGAGGAGAAGAUGAAGGGGGCCGGAGGAGCAGACGAGAGUCCUCCCCCUGAGGAGGCGACAGGUGAAGAAGAGGAGCCCACCAAAGAGGAGGAGAAGAAGGAGAUGUCUGCGGAGGAGAAGGAGCGCUUAGCGUCGGAGCAGGCGGUGGCGCGGGAGCGUGCAGCCCAGAGGCAGCUGAUGGCCAUGGAGGAGCUCAUCCACACCGAGGGGACCUUCCUCAAGCACCUGCAGCUCUGCACCGUCACCAUCAGGAACAACCUGCAGAAAAUACAGCCUCCGCUGCCCAACCUGGAUGGAAUGUUCCAGAACAUAGACGAGGUGAUGGACGUGUCCGCCCGUCUGCUCAGUCUGCUGGACCAGACGCAGAUGCAGCCCAGCGACCCCGGCUUCCUCCAGUUUCUCUGUGACUCUUUCCUGAGCCUGUCGCGGGACAUAGAGAUGGCGUAUAAGGAGUACCUGGCCAACUACAGCAACAUCACAGCGCUGGAGAACAGCUACAAGCAGAGGGAGACCCAGUGGGCAGAGAUGGUCAACGUGGUCAAGACCUCGGCGCCUGAGAUCAACGCGUCCAACCUGACGUUCUUCCUGGUGAUGCCGGUCCAGCGCAUCGCCCGCUACCCGCUCCUGCUGCAGACCAUCCAGAAGCACACGGAGCCCUCGCACCCGGCCUACGAGACCCUCACCCAGGCCGCGCACAUCGCCGUGCAGCUCAACUGCCGCAUCAACGAGUACAAGCGCUUCCGGGAAGUGGCUGAUAAGUACAAGCGGACAGAGACCUUGACCAUCCGGGACAAAAUCAAUCGCCUGAGUGGACACAGCAUCGCCAAGAAGACGGCGCGCCUCAGCCAGUUCCUCAAGCACGAGACGGGCAUGGUGCCACAGGCCAAGGAUGAGGAAUUUGACACAUUAGUAGCUUAUUUCUUUGUCAUUGAGAAAGGUGUUUCCGAGCUGCAUGAAAACCUGGAGGCGUACCUGAGCCACCUACAGAGGUUGCAGAGUUGUCGUCCUGAGGACCACGAUUUGGACAUGGAGGCGGACAAGGGAGCGCUGUUCUCACGUGAGAUCGCCGUGGCACUGCGCCAGUGGAUCUACCCAGAGUUUGAGCGGCGUCUGCAGUCUCUGGUCUUCAAGCCGCUGGGCUCGCUGCGCGAGCUUCUGGCCGGUCCUCGGAACCUGAUCCGCAAGCGUCGGGACAAGCUGCUGGACUACGAGGUCCUGGAGGAGAAGAGCGCGCUGAGCUACGAGGAGCAGGCGGUGGUCAACACGUACCGCACCAUCCACGCGCUGCUCCUGGACGAGCUGCCCCGCUUCAACUCCAGCGCCAUGCAGCUGCUGCUGGCCACGCUGGGCAACCUGUCCUGCCUGCUGGGAGACCUGGCCACCGACAUGGAGCAGCUCGCCAACAGCUUCACACAGCAGCUCCCACACAGCUGGAUGGAUUCCGGAGAGUUCUGGAAGUGGGCUGAGAGCUCGGUUCUGGAGGCAGGGCGGAGUCUGGAGAGUCUGUGUCAGAGCGUCCAGGACGAGCUCAAUGCUCCUAUUGUCCAGCCCCUCAGCAGUCCAAAUCAGAAGCGGCUAACGGCGCUGUUGGGUCGGCACGCACGGGAUAAGAUCUACCAGCUGACCGGUCCAGUGGUGGGCGCACGUGACCUUGACCUGACCCUCGGCAAGGGCGAGCUGGUUGGCGUGGUGAGCGAGAUGGACACUCGUGGAGAUCGCCGCCGCUGGCUUGUGGAUGCUGGAGGUCCGCGGGGGUACUUGCCCGCCUCUAAACUGACGCGCUACCACCCCGGUGCCCAGGAGACCCCUCCUCCGUCGCCGGCACCGUCGCAAUACCUGUCGGCCACCCUACCGAACCCGGUGGCACGCAGGCACUCGUCGUACACCGCCGCCCCGCCCUCCCCAGGCUUCUCCAUAGCAAUGCCCAGCUACCAGGUGUACGCGGGGUACGACUUCACGGCGAGCGGCAGCCGCGAGGUGUCCCUGCGCCAGGGCGAGCCGGUGCGGGUGCUGGAGCCGCACGACAAGCGCGGCAACGCCGAGUGGAGCCUGGUGGAGGCGCACGGGCACAAGGGCUACGUGCCCUCCAACUACCUGGCAGUGCUGCCCGCCAUGGUGGCGUCGCCCACCUUCCCCUACCGCUAGCUGGGGGCAGUAGAGAUGGACGCUGUUGUGUGCGCACACACACACACACACACACACACACACACACAGAGAGAGAGACCCCUAAGUGUGGGUGUUACGCACACACACAGAUGGACACUGUUACGCUCGAACCCACACACACACAGUGAGAUGCUCAUUGUCUCACCACACACACACACACACACUUCAGCGUAAAGACUGUUGAGGUUGUGUGUGUGUGUGUGUGUGUGUUUUGAAGUGCUGAAGGAGGACUAGAGUGGUGCACUCCGGUUAUGUGUUUGAUCUGCAGCUGCUGGUAGCUACGGCAACCCAAGGCCAUUUUCUUGCAGAGGAUGGAGUAGCUGUCACGAGGUCCGCAGCACACACAUACACACACACACACAGGCACACACACACACACGUACACGCACACACUGACAGACACACAGGCACGUGCCCUCUUACAGCCCACAGCGGGGAUCGUCAAAUGAAAAUGACAUGGCAGACAGUAAAGGAAUGUGUGUGUGUGUGUGUGUGUGUGUGUGCGUGUGUGUGUGUGUGUGUCACUGCGCACACAUGUACGUAUGUAUGCGUGAGUUUGGGUGCAUGUUUUUUUAUAUGUGUGUGUGUGUGUGUGUGUGUGUGUGUCUCUGGAGGCUCUUAAGAGCACGCGUCUGUCAGCAUGAGUCCUGGUGUGCCCUUAACUGGAUUGAUGGUGCUUCUCUCUGCGUGACAGGCAGCCCCGCACAGCUCUCCUACGCAUAAAUCUCCAUCUCUAGCUGAUAGCCAGCUCUGAUGCUACCGACCCACGCCACAUCAGCACCGACUCCAGCUGCCAGCUGGAGCAUCCGCAGCCGUCUCCCUACCGGGGCCCUCACUGGAACUGGGCUCUCUUUUUUUUUUCCGGAACCUUCCGUCUCAUUUGCACUCAUUUGAACAUUUAACGUGGUGCUUACAGACUGAAAAUUUCAUACACUGGACGUUUAACAGGAGCUAACUUGAACUGAUUGUAGCUGACGUGCUUUUGAUCACUGUGUCUGGUAGAGCAGCAUUUGUUGUGUUUACUACUGUGGUUGCUUAUGGUGCAUUAGUAAGGACAAUUGAGCUGAUAGUGGCUGAUUGUAGCGUGGUUGCAUUCUCUCCUUACACCACUAGGGGGACUAGUGCAUCACAUUAUCACCCCCCUCACAUCCAUGUAUUUCUGUUGCCGUCGGAAGGAUUGGUUUUACCACAGAGGCAGUAUUAUUGUAAACAAUCGAUAUGCUAUUUAUUGGACAACAGGAAUCUUGGAAUGCUCGUGUGAUUCAGUGGAGGACAAAACGCAUUUUACAUUUGCUUGGAUUGUAGUAAUUUAUUUACAGCUCCCUCAGUGGAUAGUCUGCACUAAGACGAAUGAUGAUUAAAUUGCUCAAGCAUGAGGCUCUCA